AUGUGCAGGAAAGGACAGUCUGGCAAAUCCCGAUCCACAAGGAAAAAAACGGUGCAAGUAAUCGCCAGGGUUCAGUCCGUUUUCAAUCGAGAUAGCAAUUUUUUGGAAUCUCAGAUUGAAGGCAAACGAGUGGAACUCCAAAUAGACACGGGUUCACAACUCACCUUACUGGACAUUAAGACUUGGCAUUGCCUCGGAAAACCGAAGCUGAACGAAACACCGUACAAACUGCAAAGUUUCAGCAAGGAGGUCAUCAAGGUCAAGGGCCAAUGUGAGCUUCAGGUUGAAUGUCAAGGCAAAAAGAAGAGUCUAGAGGCUAUUUUUACUAACACAAGCCAAGUCAAUUUGUUGGGCAGGAUCUGGGUGAGAGCUCUGAAAUUGGAUCUCAACAACUUGUUCGUCGCUCUUGUGAAAACAGAAAAGAGCCUCAAGACGCUGCUGACUAGGUACGCAGUACCAUUCAGAAACGAACUUGGUCGGUGCACGAAGAUCAAGGCUCAACUUCACUUCAAAGAGAAUGUCAUCCCGCAGUUCAUACGGCCAAGACCACUACCGUUUGCAUUGCGCGAAGCGGCAGAGUCUGACUUGAAGAAACGGGUAGCCAACAGCGUAUUGACUCCAGUGGAAACAGCGCAGUCGGCCACCCCAAUCGUCAUUGUCCUGAAGACCAGUGGUCUCCAGAAGUGA